AGUUAAAGGCUAUGGAUAAGCAAAAUUUGGCUGAUUUGUCAAACUUUCAACCUCCAAAAUUAUAGCAAAACCAAACCCAGUAGAGUUUUAGCACAGAAGAACACCAAUUUUCAAAGAAAAAGAGAGAAUUUUGCUUAAAAAUGGAGGUGGGUAUGUCUUUAAACCCUCUAAUUAGACUACCAUUGAAGUCAAACUCAAGAACAAUUGAUGAAACUUCAUCAAUUAUCAGGCACUCUUUCAUUUCUACAAGAACAAAAAGCCCAAAAUUACAGAAAGGGCAAAAUCUGCAAUUUGUGGUGGAAGCCAAGGGUAAAAAGGGAAUGAGUUCUCGUCUUCUUCAACGCCCUCCUCCUCCUCCUUUGCCCAAGAUUGAAGAUGAUGGCAAUCCUCGUUUUGUCAUCUUCAUUCGUAUGGCCAAUGUUUACCUAUGGUACCCUCUUAAUCUAGUUACUGGUGGUACAACAGCAAAGAUUAUGGUUGCUGCAAAAGAUAAUUUCCUGGGGAAAUACAUUUACAAGGAUACAAUUGCUAGAAAUCUUGCAGCAGUGGUUUAUCGAGAUGAGAAGGAGUUAAUAAAGAUUGCACAGAAGCAAUUCCGUAUUUUGAGGAACGCAACAGAAUUCAGAUAUGGCUACAAGCUUGUUGAAAAUUGUGAUAUAAAAACGGCUCUUACUCCUAAAAAUGUUAUUGAGCUGCCGACUCAAGAUCAGCUCAAGACGGUGGUUGAUAAGGUUAAAGACUUCUUUGGAGAUGCGAAAGAAUCCUUUGGUAAGCUAACAACAUUAAACACAACCUCUGAAGAAGGGGCAGAAGAUGCUUCAGCAGAAAAAUCCAAGUGAGUGUAAUUUGUUUGGGAAAGUGAGGGACAUCGUAUUAUCUUCAUGUGCAUUUUUCCAUGUUAUUUGGUCGAAAGGUUGAAAUGGAUGUUAUGAGUCCCGUGUAAAGGUGUAACACCGUGAUAUGAGGAGGCACAAUGUCCUCCAUGUAUGAAAAAGGAGAGCAGCAUUAUAAUAUACAGUUUUUGGUUCUUGACGCUUUAUCCUUGUAAUUGCAUCAACAGGCAAAUGAUCUCAUUGUACUAAUCUUGUAGAAAAUUACAGAAUUUUUCUUACUACAAAAUUUCCCUUUAUGUACAUGCAGACUUGGUUAAUUCUUUUUGUUAUUGAUGAAGUAUGCUGAGAUUGCUCUA